UUUUUUUUUAACCUUACCCGGAUAGCUAUGAGUUGCUUAAUUCUUACGGGGUUUUGACUUUUUGACUCACAGGUCACACUGUGUGUAAAUCAGUAUUUGGCCAUCGCUAUUUAAAAAUUAUUUGCUCUUUCUCUCUAUAACUCUCUCUUCUCCAAUGGCCGACAACGAGAGCACUGAUUCGUCUACCACCGCCACUAUCACCCCGGCGUCCUCGAAUCCGCUGGAGACGAAGCGGUGGGCGGAUGUCGCUGAUGAGGCGGAUGCGGAGCAGCAAGCCGAAUCUUCGUUGGCAGAUGUCAAAUUGGAUUCCUUGGCUAUCGAUGAGUCCAAACAACCUUCUGUCGGCCUUACUGAUCCCGAUGACUCCACCAUUGAAGCUGUUACAUCGGGGGACACUCCAUAUACAUCAGCUAAACGAUUCGAGGACUUGAAUUUGUCACCUGAACUGUUGAAGGGCCUUUAUGUUGAGAUGAAGUUCGAGCAACCUAGCAAGAUUCAAGCAAUUAGUUUGCCCAUGAUCCUAACUCCUCCUCACAAGAAUUUAAUAGCUCAAGCUCAUAAUGGAUCCGGGAAGACCACUUGUUUCGUGCUUGGUAUGUUGAGCCGUGUUGAUCCGAAAAUCCUUGGUCCUCAGGCUCUCUGUAUUUGCCCCACGAGGGAGUUAGCCAUUCAGAAUAUGGAAGUGCUUCUGAAGAUGGGGAAGUUCACUGGGAUAACCUCGGAAUUAGCUAUACCGCCUGCUGAAGCAAACUACAUCCCGAUAAGUAAGAUGGGGCCUGUUACAGCACAAGUAAUCAUUGGUACACCAGGCACAAUAUCUAAGUGGUUGCAACACAAGAAAUUGGGUUUGAGUCAAAUGAAGAUUCUUGUGUUUGAUGAGGCAGACCACAUGUUGGCAAUGGGUGGCUUCCGAGAUGAAUCAGUCAGGAUAAUGAAGGCUAUUACUAGAUCCAAUUCCAAUUGCCAGGUCCUUUUGUUCUCAGCCACCUUUAAUGAUGCUGUGAAGGCCUUUGCAUCAAAAAUAGUUGAGGAGAUCUUUGUAAAAGGUUAUAACCAAAUGUUUGUCAAAAAGGAAGAACUAUCGCUGGAGUCUGUAAAACAAUACAAGGUUCAUUGUCCUGACGAGCUUUCAAAGAUUAUGGUGAUUAAAGACCAAAUACUUAAUCUUGGAGAUAAGGUAGGGCAGACUAUCGUGUUUGUCAAAACCAAGAAUACUGCAUCCAUGUUGCACCAAUCUCUGGUCAAACUUGGCUAUGAGGUCACUACGAUUCAAGGUGCUCUGAAGCAAGAGGAUAGGGACAAAAUCAUAAAAGAGUUCAAAGAGGGUCUGACCCAAGUUCUAAUCUCAACUGAUAUUCUCGCUCGGGGUUUUGACCAGAGCCAGGUUAAUUUGGUUAUCAAUUUUGAUCUGCCUGUGCAAUACGAUCAUCGUUCUGAGCCUGACUAUGAAGUUUACUUGCACCGAGUUGGUAGAGCUGGGCGCUUUGGCCGCAAAGGUGCUGUAUUCAACUUGCUUUGCAUUGAUGACGAUGACAUGAUUAUUGGCAAGAUCGAGAAAUACUUCAACUCUCAGAUUAGUGAGGUGGGUCCUUGGAAUAGUCAGGCAGAAUUCGAGGCUGCUCUACGGAAUGCUGGGCUUUUGUGAUUAUGAGUUGAGCAGGAGAUGUCGCUGUAGAUUAUCUAAUGAUUAUCGAGGAGAGUUUUUGUUUCUCAUUUUUCAUUUUGAAUAGUUUUGCCACUUACCUCAUAAGACAUUGGGAAAUAGUGAAUGAAAUUUGUGUUGAGUCUGUCUAUUCGUAUUCAAAACAGUGUAUUGCACUGAGGUUGUUCCGACGCUCUCCGUUACUGGUGUGUCCACGAAUUUGCCAAAAGCUCAAAGCAUGGUGGAAAUCAAUUCCUUAUUCUUCUUGA